AUGAUAACAAGAUUUGAAUGGUUGCCAAAUGAAAUUCUUCUUAUAAUAUUUUCUAAUUUAUCAUGGUCACAGUUGUUAAGAUCUUUCUGGUCAUUACGUAAACGAUUAGAUAUUUUAAUAUGCUCUAUUCUUUCAAAAAAUGACAAUCAAUUUAAUAGUGGUCUUGUUAUUGGUGAAUUAAAUUUAUCAUUUAAUCAAUGUCAUUCAUUGUUAUUACCAUUAAUUUCUAAUUCAUCAUCAUUAUUUGCUUCUUCUAUUCGACGUAUUCAUCUUGAUGGAACAAAUUCCAAUGCUUAUGAUUUAAUUGAUAAAUGGUUGUAUGAUAAUAAAAAAAAAAUUGUUCGUUUUCCAAACCUUAAAUCACUUAUUCUUACUCGGUGUUUAGUAAUAGAACCUUUAAUUGAAUGUUUACCGUUCCUUAUUAAAUAUCAACUUGAUGAGUUAAUAUUAACAUUUGAUGAAGAGAUUAUGAAAUUACUUCGAAAUUCAUGUAAAUUAAAGAUAAUAAAGCUUUAUUUAAAAAGAUUAAUCGCCAUUCAAGAAUUGAUAUGUCAAUUUUUCACUAGUGAAUGUAGACUAAUUUCACUUCGACUUGAUAUUACUUGUGAUGAUUCAGAUUUAGAUCUUCAUCAUUGUUUGAAACCUGAUGAUAACAUUUCUGUACAUUCAAUUUUUAAGAAAUAUCAACCGUAUUGUCUGACUCUGCGUCAUUUACAUAUUCAUCUUGAAUAUACAUGUUUUUUUGAGCAUCUUAUUGAACAUGUACCUUUACUUGAAGAACUAAAUGUUUAUUUUCGAGAUUCUUUGGAUAUCGAGCCACGAUCUAAUGUUGAAAUUGAAACAUUGAUACAAACAAAUGGAAAUUGGUUUAAUAAGGUAAUACUAAAAAGAAUUAUUAAAUGA